AUGAUAAUGGUGCAGGAGGAUCAAAUAGGAGAACUUAAGAAGCGAAUAAAACCGCAACGUGAUUCAACCGCUGAUAGUACUUGUAGCGACGGUUACAGAGGGCGAAAAAAAAGGCUAACUAUGCCCAUGACAUAUCGACUGUAUGAAAGUCAGCAAGAAAAUUUGCGUGGGACAAUUUUUGGACCAGAUAGUCCAGAUUUCCAUCCAGAAGUUGCAAGUUCAAUGCUACGGAAAGCUCUGCAAGCAGGACUUCGUUAG